CGUCCCCGGGCUGGGCGCGGCCGCCACUCGGCGGCGAUCGCGGGGCGGGCGCGCGAGCUCGGCCCCCCCCCCCCGGGAUGGGGGCGGGAUUUUAGAAAGAAGCCCCAGACUCCGCGAGUGGAUGCCGGGGGCGCUUCCUCGCAGCGCGCUUGCACCGCGGGUCGGUCCGCCCAGGAGCGCCCGGGCUCCUAGACUUUAUUUGCUGUUUCUUUCGGCGCCGCUCGCCAGAGGACCCGGUUGCCAUGGUGAAGGAGAAAGUGGCCCACCCUCAGGACCCUCACCACCCGUCGGAGAAGCCUGUCAUUCACUGCCAUAAAUGUGGGGAGCCAUGCAAGGGUGAAGUACUUCGGGUCCAGGCGAAACAUUUCCACAUCAAAUGUUUCACCUGCAAAGUGUGCGGCUGUGACCUGGCACAAGGGGGCUUCUUCAUAAAGAACGGCGAGUACCUCUGCACCCUGGAUUACCAGAGGAUGUAUGGGACGCGCUGCCAUGGCUGUGGGGAGUUCGUGGAAGGAGAGGUGGUUACUGCCCUGGGCAAGACCUAUCAUCCCAACUGCUUUGCGUGUACUAUCUGCAAGCGCCCGUUUCCACCCGGAGACCGAGUCACGUUCAAUGGGAGAGACUGCCUUUGUCAGCUGUGUGCGCAGCCAAUGUCGUCCAGCCCUAAAGAAGCCUCCUGCUCCAGCAACUGCGCUGGCUGCGGACGGGACAUCAAGAAUGGGCAGGCGCUGCUGGCCCUGGAGAAGCAGUGGCACUUGGGGUGCUUUAAGUGCAAGUCCUGCGGGAAGGUGCUCACCGGGGAGUACAUCAGCAAGGACGGCGCUCCGUACUGUGAAAAGGAUUACCAGGGGCUCUUUGGGGUGAAAUGUGAAGCCUGCCACCAGUUUAUCACAGGGAAGGUCCUGGAGGCAGGUGACAAACAUUACCACCCCAGCUGUGCACGAUGCAGCAGGUGCAACCAGAUGUUCACAGAAGGAGAGGAAAUGUAUCUUCAAGGUUCCACCGUUUGGCAUCCCGACUGUAAGCAAUCUACCAAGACUGAGGAAAAGCUACGGCCCACCAGGACUUCCUCUGAAAGCAUUUACUCUAGACCAGGCUCCAGUAUUCCUGGGUCUCCAGGUCAUACUAUCUACGCGAAAGUGGACAAUGAAAUCCUGGAUUAUAAGGAUUUAGCAGCCAUUCCCAAGGUCAAGGCAAUAUACGAUAUUGAGCGUCCAGAUCUUAUUACCUAUGAGCCUUUCUACACUUCGGGCUAUGAGGACAAACAGGAGAGGCAGAGCCUGGGAGAGUCUCCAAGGACUUUAUCUCCUACUCCGUCAGCAGAAGGCUACCAGGAUGCUCGGGACCGGGUGAUCCACCGGUCCACCAGCCAGGGCUCCAUCAACUCCCCCGUCUACAGCCGCCACAGCUACACUCCAACCACGUCUCGCUCUCCCCAGCAUUUUCACAGACCUGGCAAUGAGCCGUCCAGCGGCCGGAACUCCCCUCUCCCUUCCCGGCCAGACAGCCGCCCUGUCACUCCAACUUACGCUCAGGCCCCUAAACAUUUCCAUGUUCCAGAUCAAGGGAUCAACAUUUACCGAAAACCACCCAUCUACAAACAGCAUGAUGCAGCUGCCUUGGCAGCCCAGAGCAAGUCUUCAGAAGACAUCAUCAAGUUUUCCAAGUUCCCAGCAGCCCAAGCUCCAGAUCCCAGCGAGAUACCAAAGAUUGAGACGGAUCACUGGCCUGGGCCCCCCUCACUUGCUGCCGUAGGAGCCGACUCGAGACGCAGAUCUAGUGGCAGAGAGGAAGAUGACGAGGAGCUUCUGAGGCGCCGGCAGCUGCAAGAAGAGCAAUUAAUGAAGCUCAACUCGGGCCUGGGCCAGUUGAUACUGAAAGAGGAGAUGGAGAAGGAGAGCCGGGAGAGGUCAUCCCUGUCAGCCAGUCGCUAUGAUUCUCCCAUCAACUCAGCUUCACAUGCUCUAUCAUCUAAAACCUCAUCUCUCCCAGGCUAUGGAAAAAAUGGGCUUCACCGGCCUGUUUCCACAGACUUUGCUCAGUACAACAGCUAUGGGGACGUCAGCGGGGGAGUUCGAGACUACCAGACCCUCCCAGAUGGCCACAUGUCUGGGACAAGAAUGGAUCGGGGGGUGUCCAUGCCCAACAUGUUGGAACCAAAGAUAUUUCCAUAUGAAAUGCUGAUGGUGACCAACAGAGGGCGCAACAAAAUCCUGAGAGACGUGGACAGAACCAGGCUGGAGCGCCACUUAGCCCCAGAAGUGUUUCGGGAGGUCUUUGGAAUGUCCAUACAGGAGUUUGACAAGUUACCUCUUUGGAGACGCAACGACAUGAAGAAGAAAGCGAAACUCUUCUAGGCCCCUCCCUCCCCCGGCGUAGACAGCAGGUAGAGAAAGGACUGACGUUGCGGUGACACAUAGGAUGUUGUGUUGAGGCCCAAACUUGAUUGGAGAAUUCGCAAACUACUGCCCCUCGGCACCGACAAAAGGGGAAACCUGAUGGAAACAGCCACGAGCCAAAUACGGGGCCCACCUACCGGCAACCCUUGCCCAGAAGCAAUGGGGCGGAAAUUUCUGUGUUCCCCACACUCGUGACCUUUUUACAUCACCUUAUGUACCCACAGGAGCUACUUCCUUCAUUUCCUUUAACUGUUGUCUGACAGUAGUGCUGACUGGAUAGGUAAGAGCCAGCAAGUGCCCUUAGGAUGCCGCGUGGGGAAAAAAAAGCAGCUGUAAUAAUUCCGAGGUGGGAAUAUAUUUAUUAUGUAGCGCUCUGGCUGAGAAGGAAGAGCCUGAGGGACGUAUCCGUGUGGGCACACCACUCUGCACACGCCUGUCCUCACUGGCCUCAUGAAGCCCCCCCACCCCCCACACCCCCCCCAGCAGGAUGGAAAUCAGGGCCAGGGCACUGGGCAGCCGUUAGAGGGAGCUGUGGAGCAGCCAGAGCAAUUUUUAACAAGCUCCUUUCUCUCUACUGUUUGCAAGGACCUGGUAGGCAAAUUACUUAGCUAUUAUUUAAAAAGAGAAAAAAGAAAAAAAUGUUUAAGAGAAGAGAGGGAAAUGGAAUGGAAGGAAUAUCUACCUUGAUUCUUUCCCUGCUUCAGGCUGUGGGCUUCAUUCCGCCUCCCCGCCGCGGCCCACAGCGGUCCAGGCCCCCGCCACAAGGAAAGGAAAGGGAGAGAUUCUCUCCGGUUGUGUGCUGUGAGCGGAGUUUUGCCCAGGGGGCCUCAGCACUCUUGGCAAAAAAAAAAAGAAACGUGUCCCGCCAACGCUAAUUCUUCCACCCUGCACCCUCUGCUCCUUACACAGCAUCCUCUGAAUCCAUCAACCCCACACGGGGUUUUGGGGGUUCUUGAGGUCUUUUCAGUAGUAGGCUAAGGAAGGCACGCUGUUCUCUCUGCAGGCUCUGCAGCCCCAGGGUACACUGCCUCAGAUUGAUUUAAUCUGGCCUUUUCAGCUUUCCCACUUUGCCUAGCUCUGUCAGCCUCAGGGUGUGUGUGGGGUGGGCGUGUGUGUGCAUGUGUGUGUGUAAGCGAACGCAUCCAGGGUAGUUUGGGGAGUGUCUGCAUGCACUUGUACGUUUCAUUUCUGCUCAAAUGUUGGUCUGGCUGUGCUGCAGCUUCGAAGGAACAUUUGCACAUAUGCGCAUGAGUCAGAGGUCAGGAGUGAGGCUGAGCCGCACCCAGCAAGGCAUCCUCCUUGGAAGGGUGCUGGUGCCAGAAGCCAGCAUACUGUGUGAUUGAGGUGACCCGGGUCAGCAGCACACUGAGGAGGAGACAGACCUCGGAUCGGGCUAGUUGUGGAGCUCAGAGCAUCACGCCAGAGUCCGCCAAUGUGGCAACACAAAUUUAAAGCGGAGCCUAGGAUUUCACUGAAACACACAUGUAAGACCCCAUCCUCAUUCCCGGAAGCUUCCAGUUGUGGCUCAGAUGAGAUAGGAGUCCGGUGAGGGAGGGUCUCAGCUCCAUGCACGGGAGGUUUUCACAUUUAUUCUCUUGCACUGGGGGGGCCUGUCUUGGAAUUGAAACUCUGUUUUAAGGCGAGAGGAGAGAUCAUUCAAAUUCUCUUCCUAUGCCUCUAAUAAUAAGAGCUCAGAAAUUCUUCCUGCCGGCACCGAGUAUUUGAACUAGUUAGUAACGGACUCCAGUGGCAAAAAGCAAGUAAAACAGUUCCAGGACGUGUACUGCGAGCCUCUAGCCUGUGACACCCUCUGUCACCUCUGUCACCGCUCUUCCCGAAGGGAUCGAAGCUGCCUGCCCUUUCAGCGCUAGACAUGGAAUGUUGAGGACUGUUCUCACAAAUAGGAACGUGUGCGUGUGUGUGUGUGUGCGCGCGCGUGUGUGCAUGUGUUGGACCUACUAACACAUUUUGCAAGUGGUUCCGAUGGAGUGGACGAAAGAAGACCCACUCCUCCUUGGCCAGAAGCCCCCAGAUCGCAGCUCGCAGUUCGGUGCCUGUUACCCCAUCAUCUCUCUGACCUCUCCUGCCCUGGCCGCCUCAGGUCCGCGUACCCUAGUCCUUGCUUCGCCCUGGCCCAGUGUGAGGAGUAAAGACCAUGGCGUAUUCCCAGUAAUCAGUAACAAGGAUGGCCAGAUGGGUCCCUGUGCUAGGCUGGUGGAGCGAGUUUUUUUCAUUACGGGGAUACUAAAGGACCCUCCAUAUUUUCUUUGGUUAAAUGAACUAUGACCCCUGCGCAUGCACAUCAGAUGUCAGUGUGAGGAAAAUUGUAAUGGUAGUCAAAGAUCUGAACCAAAAUCUGCUCCCGCCAAUGAAACUCUACUUCUGUUAUAUCUUUUGAAUUCAAUUCUGCAUCCAACUUGGGGAGUGGGGUUGGAAGCUUCUUUCCAUAUCAAGUGUCCUAGCUCAUUUAAACUACACCCAUGCAAAAAUGCAUUACCAGACAAAGUCAGUAGCCUCCUGUCUGUGGGCAGAGCAACGCUGUGCUCUGGGGAGGGGUCGUGGACAACCAUAGUGUGGAGAGAGUUCCCCAACUCCUGGCAGAAGACACCCGCUGGAGGGAUGGGUCGUGGGGCGACCCUGUUCUCCUAACCGCCAAAUCUAAUAUAUGGGCUACAGUGGCCUAUCCAUUUUUUUUUUAAUGGGGCUCAGCAUGCUUGUCCUAGCACUUCCAGGCCACUGUGCAGGGCAUCAGCGUUCUCUGCUCGAACCCCCACUGUGCACUGCCCCUAAAAAUUCCAUGUGUUAAUGCAGCCAAAUGAACAGGGAUUGGCAAACGUUCCUGGCACACACCCCAAGGGCUACACGUUGGAGUGUUGGGCCAAUUCGCGAUUCCUUAAGCACACACCGAAUUGCAUGAAACAGAAGAGGCCUCCGACAACAUGGAAGUCAGUGCUUCCUUUACGGUUUCUCCCAGGAGACUGUUUAGUCCUCCUGUGUGGUAUAAGAGGGGCGUGAAGAUCAUUUGGGAACUUGUACAGCCCGCUCUGCAUCCACAUUUUGGUUUGGGUUAGCUAGGAAAUGUUCUCGAUGUGACUUCUUCAAUGACUAACAAUCAACUGCCUGUUCUCUGCAACCUCACACGGAAGAGCCAGAGUUCGUGGGCAACACGACGCACGUUUCCUGUGCAGCUCGUGCUCUCCCUCUGGUUGUGCCCGUCAACUCUGCCUAGAGAAGUCUUGCUGGAAAUGUUUAUAAGCGUUCCCCUAAUUUCUUUACACUUGAAAGCAAACACCUUUUUCUAAAGAAUUGCUUCUCAGAUGAUUAUAUAGAAUACAUAUGCUUUUGCAAGUUAAAAAAAAUCGAAUUAACCGCUUUUGACUUGGUAGGUCUUUCUAAAAAUUCUUUCAAAAAGCUUGGUGUUCGUGUCCUGCGCGUCGAAGGGGCAGGUGCGCCCUCUCUCUGACUGUCAGGCAUGCUGGGGGAAGGAAAGGAACUCCGUGUCAUCUCCCCUUCUGUAUCCUCUGAAGCAAGCUCAAUUUUUACAAAUCACGUCUUCUGUAUUCCUGGGCACUGUUUAAUCUGCACUUCCUAGACCAGCCUUGACGUUCCUUGAUCUUUAAAAUCAUUUUCUUUUGAUCAACCAAGUGUGUGUGAGUAAGCCCUACACCUCACUCAUGAGUACUCCCUUUUGAAGAAUGUUCUAUUAAAAAAAGAUGAUCCCAGGCCUGAGAUUUACAGUUGACCCCACCUUAGAGUGUAAUGUACAUUAAGGAAUCUACCCAACUAUGUUGUAAUGAAAGAAAGAGAAACUCUUACUUUGGCUUUAAAAGAAAAGUCACCUUCCAUUUGCUGCCCAGGAAGCAAUGAGGUGAUGGAUAUGCUUUGCAUAUGGAUUUUUGUGUUUUCAUUUGGGCAAGUUCAAUAUAUGGCAAACUCAAAAAGAAAGGGGGAGGUGGUCCUUUGAAGCUGAAAGAAACGUUCUAAACAGUAUAUGCAUACACAACAAAAUUAAAUGCAACGUUUUCUGACGCUUGAUGUGAUUGACUGGCAAUUGUUAUCAUUAAAUACAAUUCUUCCUGAAAGUGUCGCUCUCAAGAGUGAAGACGCCAUGAGUCACUUUUGGAACCCAUUCACCAAAGGUAGGAAGAGACAAUACUAUUUACGCCAACAUUCAGAAAGGUGGUAAGCCCCUUAAUGAUGGUAUAUGCCAAUAUUUCUUUAUCCUGUGGAAGAAAAAACAGUUGUCCACAAUAUUGACCUUCCUUUUGGGUUCUGUGUACAAACCCGUCCCGUAACAAAUGUCUGUGGUUUCUGUGAGUUGCCGACAAUCCUGCAUCAAAUCUCUUACCAUCCUUUCCUUUUAAGUUGGGUUUAAUGGGAGUUUUUUUUUUGCUAGUGUCAAAAGACGUCCAGUUCUUCCUUCCCUCCCAUUUCAGAAAUAUGAAAGUGAAUAUUUGGAAGAACUGCUGUUGGAAAGAUGUGUCGUGUCCCCCAUGAAAGUGAGUGGGUGUCCAUCUGCGCCCCGAGUAACACAUACUAGUAUGCAGAGGUGGGGGCGGCCAGCCGGCCCCGCGUUGCUGUGCUUUACGGCCCUGACCUGUCCCGCGCUCCUGUCGCAAGCAGCACUCGCCGCUUCCCCACCCCGUACUCUGCAUCACUGUUGUACACUCACCACUCAGUGAAUAAAGUGUGUGCUUUAUUCUGUUCA